AUGAAUUUAAUAUCUGAAAAAGUAAGUAAUAGUUGUCAUGACAAUUCUGGAUCUGCAAGAGUCACUGUUACGUUGAAUCAUAAUAAAGCUGAUUUGUUGAAUCUUAUGAACAUAAUUUCGACCAUAAAUUUAACAAAAAAAAAAAUGACAUGCACAGGAAUAUGUAUAUGUUCAGUUUAUUCUGGGAAUGUGAUAUUUAUACAUUAUAUGGAAAUUGAAAAUAAAUUUAUGGUGAAGGUUGUAAUUUUUCAGUUAAAGGAUAUGAAGAUAGUCAAUAUACUUCAACUUGUAAUUAUGUUAUGGACCAUAACCAGUUAA